AUGCGUUCUAUUUCUGCCGUCGCUCUUCUCUCGGCCAUCGGCGCCGUUGUCAAUGCCGCGCCUGCCACGCCUGCCAUGGAGAGGCGAGAGGCGGGAACCCUGGAAACCUUUACCAUUUCCCAGAGGCCUCCGUUCCAGGACGAAAGCCUCCUCCCUCCUCUCAACGGUGCCAGCACGAUCGACAUGAGCAUGGAGGGGUACGAGAACGGAUAUAAUCCUGACAGUGAUCAAUACAAGUGCCACGGAUCUUGCGGCAUCGUGUUGCGAAUUGGCAGAUCUCCUGAGAGGUGCACUCACCCAUACGCUCAGCCCUUCGUCAACUUCUGCUUUGGUACUUGCGCCACCCUUCAGAAGUUCAAGCCUUACCCCCCUGCCAAAAGCUUCAAGAAAACUUGCAAUCUCAACGUCCAAGAAGCCCCCUCCACCACUGUUGAGCAAGUCACCAGCGCCAGCGCCGAGGCCCAAGCCAGUACUAGUAGCUCUCAACCAGCUUCAACCACUGGUUCCUCGGUCUCGCGCCCUGCCGGUUCCGCUGUCCCAAGUGGAAGCUCUAGACAAGCUGCCUCUUCAGCUGCCUCUUCAGCUCCCUCUUCAGCUCCCUCUUCAGCUCCCGCUUCAGCUUCCUCUUCGGCUUCACCAUCAAGAACCUCAGCACUUCCCACUGGAACCACGAGCCCACGACCGUCGCACCCAUCGGGCGUUGCCUCCGCCUCCGGCACUGCUCGCAAAGCCACGCCAACAAACGCUGGACCUGUGACUGCGGGCGCUGCUAGCACUUCCUUUAGCGUUAUUGCCGCUAUCACUGUCGCUACCCUCGCUAUGAUUAUCGCCUGA